AGCAUCUGGGUCUCAGUCGUUCUAUAGUCAUGACAGAACGGACUGGCCAUAAUCCCGACCCAGCUGACCCGGAGGGACUCAGAUUAGCCGUAUCCCAGCAAGGCAUAUUGCUUGGUCGCCAGGCCGACGCCCUAUCCCAGAUGGCCGCGGCCCAACAGGACCUUUUUCAUCGCCUGGACGGUUUGACACAGACAUUGAACAAUUUAACCGGACAUUUUUCCCAUGUUCCAACAGAUACGGCUCAAGCUACGGCUAACUCGGCUACUUCCGUUUCCGGAUCACCCUCCGCUCAUGAAAACAUCCGGCUGCAACCGGAACCAUUUACUGGUGACGUCGAAGCCUGCGGAGGAUUCCUCCUCCAAUGCGAGCUGAUUUACCAACAAGCCCCCCGUCAUUAUCAGUCGGAUCACAGUAAAAUAUCACUGAUCGUCAACUCUCUACGCAAUAAAGCCCUCCAGUGGGCCCAGGCUUUCCUCUCCUCCAAUCCCAUAAGCCACCUCACUUAUGAACGUUUCCUCAGAGAGUUCCAGUUAAUUUUCGACCAACCACGUAAACAGGACGAAGCAACCCGUCGGUUACUCGCGCUCAGGCAGCGUAACCGCUCGCCCGGUCAUUUGAGGAACUGGUUUCUGCGGCACUCCGCUCUGAUGUUCGCCUGCGGGAGCGUCAAAGGGAACGAGGGCCCGUUUUCCAGCGUGCCGCAACCACUACAUCCUCCAACUUCUCACACGCUGUUCACGCCACCCCUCUCGACUCCUUCAGCCCCUCUAGACCUCCAGACGAGCCUAUGCAGGUUGGACACUCUCGACUGUCUGAAGAGGAACGCCGCAGACGGCGCAUGGAGGGGGCCUGUUUCUAUUGCGGAGCAAAGGGCCACAUUGUCAUCUCCUGCCCGCUUCGUUUAAACACCCGAACCCCUCGCUAGGAGACAGGCUGCGAGGGGUAACAA